CAGCAAUCGAGCUUUUGCAUUUGAAGCUUCACAGCACGAACUCGCUGAACUGAAGUGCAGCUUCUGAAAAACCCUCAAUAAUGGAUUUGAUUAAAGCUUCGAAUUUGACACCUUCACCGUUACCAUUCUUCACUACAACGACCAAAUUCUCUUCCCACUUUUGCACAUUUCUAUGUAAUAUUCCCAGAAAGCCCCUUACUUUGCGCGCCAAGAAGAGAACCUCAGAUUCUGAGCCGCUUCUAGAACCUUCUCUCCUCCAAGAAGUAUCCUUCGACGACGAAGAAGAAGAUGACGAACUUCUUGACGAAUUUGAAUUUGAAGCUGAACUGGAUGAUGAUGAUGAUGACGAUGAUGUUAUUGUUGAUGAUGGUGAUGAUGUUGAUGUCGGUGCUGGUGAGGAUGAAGAAGAGGAGGAGUAUGAAGAUGGCGAUGCCUUAGUCUAUGUUGGUGAUGGCGGAGCAGGUGGUGGAAUCUCCCUUGCUGGGACAUGGUGGGAUAAGAAGGCACUAGCCAUUGCUAAAGAAGUUACUGCCUCUUUUGAUGGUGACCUGCAAAUUUAUGCCUUUAAGACUUUGGUCAAUUCCACCAUUCUAGUGCGCAUUGAAAGGCUUACCAACAAGUCUGGCUCCCCAACAAUGGAAGAUAUUGAAGCCUUUUCUACAACCUACAGAACAAAAAUGGAUGAAGCAGAGAUUGCCAAAUUUGUUCCUGAAAAUUUGAGUUUGGAGGUGUCUUCUCCAGGUGUUGAAAGAAUAGUUCGGAUUCCAACUGACCUGGAUCGAUUCAAGGACCGGCCUAUGUAUGUGAAUUACUCCAUUGUUAAUGAUUCUGAUAAUUCAUCUACAGAAGGUGAUGGGGUCUUCAGGCUUGAAUCCUUUGACAUGGAAACUAAGUGUUGCACGUGGGGUAUAGCUGAUGUGAGAGUCAACAGAGGGAAAGGAAGACCACUGAAUAAGAAGCAAAGAGAAUGGCGUUUAAGCACUCCCUUUGAUUCAUUACGUUUAGUACGGUUGCACUCUGAUAUUUAAAUUAAUUUUCCCU